GUAAAUAUUAUGCAAAUCUAUAAUUGUACAGUUGUAUUUAAACUCUUUAAGAACAACGUUAAAUUUUCUUCAGAAAAUUAUUUAAAGCUUGCAAGAUUUGGAAUUAACACUGAAUAUAAUCCAAAAAGAUUCCAUUCGAUAAUUAUGCGACUAAGACACAAAGGCAAUAAAACAACGGCGGCACUAAUAUUUCAAUCAGGAAAAGUCGUCUUAACAGGCGUGCCUACUCCAGAAUUAGCAAAUGAAACGGCAUGGAGAGUUGUGAAAAGUAUUAGAGCUUCCAAUAAUGCGGCAGGAAAUUUUCAGAAAAUUGGAAUUUAUAAUCUUUUUGUCACGAAUAUUGUUGGGGCCUACAGACACGAACAUAAACUAGCAAUUGAAAAAUUAUUUAAACAACUUCGACAUCAAAAUAUGAAAGCCAAUUACGACCCAACAAUUUUUCCUGCGCUACGUUUCAAAAUAGGUAUGGAAGAACGAGAUGGAGAAGAAUAA